AUGAUGAGUGAGAUGAGUGCCAUCGAGCCUCGUGAAUUCCACCCUGAAGCGGAGUUCACUGAGGUUGGUGCACUGGACUUCCUGAAAGAUGCCUACGAAGUAGGGAAAGACGGCAAGCUCCACUUCAAGGUGUACUUCAACGCGAAGAACUUCAAGCCCGAGGAGAUCACUAUUCGCACGGACAAGAAUAGGCUGAUUGUUGAGGCGCAGAAGAGUGCGUCGCAACGUGGUGCAGUGAUGUCAGAGUCUGUGGGACGCUCAAUCCCUAUUCCUCCGUCUGUUGAUCGCAAACAGCUGAGCUCCACUCUCACAUCGGAUGGUGUGUUGGUAGUUGAGGCGCCUGUUGAUGAGCCCAAUUACAAGGCAAUCAGACUGCAACCGGAGGGCGGUUUGGCUAUUGAGCCGAGUGAAGUGGAGGAGAGGCAACUGGCAGUGAGAAACAAGGAUGGUGUGGAAAUAGUGACGGGAGAGGAUGGAUCGAAGAGAGUGCAUUUGGAGCUGGCAGUUGAUGGUCACUUUGGACCGAAGGACGUGAAAGUGUGGGCCAAGGGCAACAAGGUGUACGUGCAGGGAUCAGUGAGGAAGGAGGAGAAGACGGGCGAAUCGACUCACACUGAAUCGCGCGAGUUCUACAAGGCGUUUGUGACGCCGGGUGUGAUGGAUGGUAGCAAGGCUCAGGCGGAAAUUGGCGAUGGUCGUUUGGUUGUCGAGGUUCCCUUGUACAAGUGA